AUGAAACUGCUCAUCAUACUCACAGCAUUAAGCCUGACAUCCCUCAACUCAACCUCAGCACACCCCAAAGCCCCCCAAACCUGCAACUCCCCCGAAUGCCAACUUCAAUCAAAAUCACUCUUAUCCAAAAUCGACACCUCAGCGUCUCCAUGCGAUGACUUUUACCAAUUUGCAUGUGGAAACUACAAGGACAUCGGAAGUCCAAUGAUUGAUCAGGCUACAAACAUCGACCGUUGGAUCCUCAAACUAGCAACAGAUCCACUUCGAAAACAUGACGGCAAGCUUGUUAAAUUGAUCAAAAUCUUCUACAUGUCAUGCCUGAAUAAUCGAGGAUCGUUGAAUGACUUUAUUGAGGAUGGGACGAGCAUGAGACGAAAAGUAGGCACCGAUGGUGAUUAUGAGAAUUUUGAGGAAGCUAUUCAAGAACUUCAGUUCUCUCAAAACUCAGAUGCUUACAUAUUCAGCAUGAGAAUGGAAUUUGUGGAUGAACAAGCACUUCUGGUUGUAGAUCAACCAAAGUUUGAGACAAAGGCUGGAUUUGUGGACAGAAAAAAUGAUAAAGUUCAGGAAUUUAAUCGAAAUUUUAUCAAUUAUUUGGUCGAGGAAGGUUUUGAUCAAAAAGAAGUUGAGGAUAUGCAGGUAAAAGCAUUCAAAUUUGAGAAUAAACUGUUGGAACUAAUCGAUGAGAGUAGCUCAGAAGCAAAAAUAGAAGUUAUAAAAAUCUCGGAACUCCAAGAAGUCUUCAACUUCAUAAAUUGGACGAACUUCAUUGAAAACUUCUUCAACGGAAGUGAAAAAAUUGACGAAACUUUCGUUCUUGGCGUCAAGAAUCGAGCAGCGAUGAUGAAAAUUGACAACUUCUUGCUUACUCGUUCAGACGAUGAUGUGCUGGAUUAUCUGCUUUGGCGAUACAUUGAGGCAUUGUACAUCUCACUUUUUUACAAACACGACGAUGAAGAAUCAGCUGAAAAAUUGUAUUUUGAUUCUGUAAACCCAAAUUGCAACAGAAAAGCAGUUUGCACCUCCUGCAUCUGUAAGUUAAAGAAGGAACUUGAUGUGGCAGUUGCUGCUGUUUAUUCCAAACACUCCCUAACUCAAACUGACAGACAGGAAGUCACAAACAUGAUUAUAGCUAUGAAAAGUCAACUUCAAGACACUUUCAAGACAUUAGACUGGUUGGACAGUAAGACACGAGCAGCAGUAUCUGUAAAACUCUCAAAAAUGAAGUUCUUUGUUGGAUAUCCAGACUUGCUUGUUAAUGAACAGUUCCUGUCAGAAUAUUAUCGUGACUUACAUGUCUCCAAGCAUUCUUUAGUCCAAAAUAUCGAUCAAAUCGCAAGACUCAAAAACAAAAAUCAAAGAAAAUUUUUAACCAGCCCAAAAGUCAAUAAGGAAGUCCUGUUUACCAUCAUGACUGCACAAUACAUUAUAACCCCAAAUGCGCUUUAUACUUACCAUUUUAAUUACUUUUUAAUCUGUGCUGGACUCAUCCACAGCAACACAUUCUCAACUGACCGUCCACAAGCUAUGAAUUUUGGUGCAACUGGAUAUGCCAUUGGACAUGAAAUAUUUCAUGGAUUUGACAAUCAAGGCAGACUUUAUGAUGAAAAUGGAAGUGCUAGAAAUUGGUGGGAAAAAGGAACUGAAAAGAAGUUUUUGGAAAAAUCAAAAUGUUUUGUGGAUCAAUAUGGAAGUUAUGUGGAACCAACGACAGGCAUGAGAAUCAAUGGAGCUAAGAACUUAGGAGAGAACAUUGCUGACAAUGGUGGAUUGAUGUUGGCUUAUAAUACCUUCCAAAAAGUACAGGAAUUUGAUCCAAUUCUACCAAAUGCUAAUUUUACAUCAAAUCAGCUGUUUUGGCUGUCAAUGGCGCAGUUUUACUGCAGUAAUAAAAGCUAUGAAGGAAUGAAGCAUCAGAUUGAGUGUGAUCCACAUACACCAGGCAGAUUCCGUGUAUUUGGAACUUUGGGGAAUUUGGAAGAGUUUUCAGAUGACUUUCAGUGUCCAGCAGGAUCGAAGAUGAACAGAAUUGAUAAAUGUAAAAUUUGGUAA